CACUCCGCCACCACCACCACCACAGCCGCCGCCGCAGCCUCGCCUGGCAGUCGACUCGACAAACGUGUCAGUUGUUGUGUGGCGGCCGUGCUGUGCUAGGUGCUGUAUGCCUCCACCCUCUCUCUCCGUCAGCCGCUCCACACGCCACGCAGGAUGGGUGACUCCUUCAAGGCGCGGGAUAUCAGCCUGAAGGCGCAGAAGAAGCUCCUCAGCAAGAUGUCCAACAAGACCAUAGCCAAGAAUUUCAUUGACGGCAACCUGGCCUCCGUGUUGGACAACUUGUAUUCACUCUUCAAGGGAUAUACAGGGAACAAGAAGGAGGCGGAGAAAGUGGUCAAGAACAUCAUCAAGAUCGUGGUGAAAAUAAACAUUCUGUACCGAAAUGACGAGUUUUCUGCAGAGGACUUAAAAGUUGCCAACCAGCUGCGCAACAAGUUCAACACGAUCGUGAAAACGGUGAUCAGUUUCUACGAGGUGGCUUUCACGUUCGACAAAGUGUUCCUCACCAAGAUCAGCAACGACUGCCGGGACCUCCUGAAGCAGCUGGUCGGCAAUCACCUCACGGACAAGAGCCUGGGCAGGAUAGACCACGUGUUGGAUGCCUUUACCGACCCCGCCUUCAUGGAGGAGAUGUUCAGGCCGGAGACCCCGCACCGGCCCAUCCUGCAGAAGAUUAUUGAAGACAUGAGUAAAGCGUUUGAUGAAGGAGGCAUCUGAGGGCACUUUUCUUUGUUUUUUUAGGUGUCUUCCAUGUAUCUUCAACGUUUUAACCCUUCCAUAUUCUCAUUUCGUGUUUUUUGUGUGUUUUUUUUCUUUUUCCUUUUUAGGUAUCUUCCAUAUCUAAACUUCUUCGCUCUUUCAAACUCUCAUUUCAUGUUUUGUUUUUUUUGUGUGUGUUUUUCUUCUACUUUUUAUCUCUUGUUUGUACUUUUUCGGGGGCGUCUGAUAACACGGCGUCUGUCCCUGCGCACAAAACAUUUCCUUACGAUGCUCUAACUCUCACACACACACACACACACACACACACACACACACACACACACACACACACACACACACACACACACACACACACACACACACACACAUUGGUUCUUCAUGUGUUUUGUGUCGGUUCUUUUAGUAUUUUUCUAUCUCCUAGUGCUCUCCUCCAAACGCCAUAACCUUGUACAGAUGCUCAAUUUGCAAUCAUUCUCCUCGUAUCUUCACCUGCUACACGGGAACAAGUUCAGUGGUUCUCCACGUGCUGUUUUGUGUCAGUUUUUACACGUGUUCUUAUCUACUUAUAUUUGUUCCUGCGUUAUAAACUAGUCUGGACUCUAAAAUGCCAAUAAUUCUCUUACUCCUACUACACAUGCACACAUUAGCUACUUAAAAUCUUUCUGUUACUUCUACAUGUGUUUUUGUUUACUCGUAUAUAUAUAUAUAUAUAUAUAUAUAUAUAUAUAUAUAUAUAUAUAUAUAUAUAUAUAUAUAUAUAUAUAUAUAUAUAUAUAUAUAUAUAUAUAUAUAUAUAUAUAUAUAUAUAUAUAUAUAUAUAUAUAUAUAUUCUCCGCCACAUGCGCCACGAUCUCAUAACAACGCGAAAAUUUAAAUAAUUCUCCUCCUUUUACUUAUGCACACGGUGGCUCCUCUAGCAUCUUAUUUUGGCCAUUGGUACGUGUGUUUUAUCUGCUCAUCUCUUCCACAUGCACCAUGGCCUCAUUACGACGUUAAAAUCCCAUCACUUUCUCUGCUCACGUUCCUAUUACUCCUAAUCCCACACGUGGUUUGCCACCUGCGUUUUUCUCGUCAGUACUUAGUCGUGCCUCAACCUUUUGCUUCACGUUUGUGCUGUACGUAGUCUAGGUGUGCACAUUAUCAAUUAUCAAAUUGAUAAUGUUUUUAAGGACUGUUUUCAGUAAUAGUUUAACAAGGUCGUGAGAUGUUAGUUUUUUAUUGAUAGUUAAACAGCGGUAAUGGUAAUUAUAAUCAGGCUUUCGAAGACCACUUCAAUAAUAGUUAAACAAACUCGUGCGGUAUUUAACUUUUCAAAGGCACUUCUAGUGAUUGUUCAAUUUGCCAUAAUGACACUUGUUGGAAUGUUCUAGGAUCAUAUCGUGAUUCCAAAGAUAGUUUAACAGGAUUUCAGCAUCGCCAUAAGAAAAAAAAAAAAGAAAGAAAGAAAAUUAUUACAAACUGACUCUAGGUUCAUGAAAAUGCCACUGAAAACCAUAUUAACUUCCACGAUAACUUGCUAAUAAUGGUCAAGGUGAGAAGGCGAAACAUUUGAGACCAUAGACAUGAAUCAGUCAGUGGUCGUGUAGUGAAAGCAUUGAAUUUCCUAGUUUUGUACCAUUGCUUUGGGUGUGUUUGCUGUUACCUGGCCGUGCAGCUCUUCCUUUCCCGUGCCUGGCUGAGAGUGGUUCAUUGUGAAGUAAGAACCAACAUCUAAUUGUCUUUCUUAUCAUUAUUUGGGUUGAUUUGAUUCGAUUGACUGAUUCCACCAGUGCGCCAAACAACACUUAGUAAAAUUACUUAAGAGAAGGAUAGUUAUGUUAUCCAUCAUUAUUUAUUUCCCUUCAUUACCUUAAAAGACGAACGUUACUGGAAAAAUUAAUUAUCCAUCGACACACUUAUUGGUCAUUUUUACUUAAAACUAGUUUGUGGGUGUUUUUAUUUCUUAAUUACAAAGCGAACAUCUUGGAUGGAGAAUAGUUGUUACGUGGUUCAUGCACACUCUUACUUGUCAUUAUUACUUACAAGACACUCGUAUUGAGUCUUUAUUACUUAAGAAGACGAAAUCCAUUUCGGUGAUACUUCCUAAUUAUUUCUUAGAAAGACGAGAAUUAUUUACUACUACUUCAGUGAAAUAUAUUGCUCAUUGGUAGUGUGAUUAAAGAUAAUGCGCUGAAUGUGUUAACGAGACAUUUAACUUAUAACGACGAUAACAGGAACAAUAACUGCAGUAACAAUGAAAGUAUCAACAAUUACAAUAACAAUAAUGUAAUAAUUACAAAUUCACUGGACCACUGAUGAAACCGCUUGUUGAUAAUUACAGUGAACAGUAAUAGACUUAUGAUAUGUAAAGUAAUCUGAAAUAUAUCACAACAAUAACAAUAAUCACUAAUUGAUAUAUAUAUAUAUAUAUAUAUAUAUAUAUAUAUAUAUAUAUAUAUAUAUAUAUAUAUAUAUAUAUAUAUAUAUAUAUAUUGAUAUUGAUAUUGAUAUGACCAGUUGUUGAAAAAAUAACAAUAAUAAUGUGUAAUAAUUGACAUGUAUGGUAUAACAUGAUCUAAACAUGAACACUGCAGCUCAAUAAUAAGGCUAAUCAUAACAAGAAGAAUCACUGUAUUGCAUUAUGGGAGAACAGUUCAUAGUGUAUUUCAAUAGAUGUGCUAGAUAGGAGUGUAAACAUUUUAUAUUAAAUGAGUGUAACUGAGAUUGGUAUCAACACACGAUAAUGAUUAUAUGAGUCAUAAACAAGUCUUAACACUAUUACCGAAAACACUUGUCCAUGGAAAAGAAUAUCAUAGCGUACAGUAAUAAGUGUUGUAGUCACAUUACUCAAAACAAUAAUAAUAAUAGUAAUAAUAAUAAUGAUAAUGAUAAUCAAACGAUAACAUUAAGAUUUCAUUGACAAACUUAACCAGAAACACUCGUCGAAAAGAAUAUAGCGUACGAUAAUAGGAUUGGAUGGUAUGACUUCGUAUUGCUUAAACAGUCAUACCAGAAAUGAGGCAUCUCUCUCUCUCUCUCUCUCUCUCUCUCUCUCUCUCUGACUUUAUUCCCACAAGUGAUGGCUCAGAAUAGGAGUGAGUCGCACGCGUGAAGAGUGGAGGGAUUAUUAUGCAAGUGUGGCAUGUGUGGAGGAGCACUCUUAGGAUCAGGACGAGAGUGGGAGAGGCAGGAAGAGGAGAGGGCGAGUGGGAGAGGGAAGAGGCAGGGAGAAGUUGAGGAGUGGGAGUGUAUGGAGAGGCAUGGAGAUAAGUGAGAGGCAAGGAGUUCGGGAGUGGACUGGAGGAGUAUGGACCGAAAAAAAGCUAGAGAGAAGAGAGUGGUGAGGUAAAAAUAGGUAUAGAAAGGGAAGAAGAGCAUUGUAAGAGAGACGGAUGUGUGGACCAAAAGACAAGACAAUAGCCAGUAAUAAGAAUCUUUUUGCUUUCCCGCCACGACAAUUUUCAAAGAUGUUUAAGAGUGUUUCACCCGUUGAUAACAUAGAAAUCUUGCCAUUAGAACCAUAAAAGCAUCCUUUAAAACCCACGUCACUCAACUAAAGUUAUGGAAGUGGUGGAGGCAGAGGUAGCGAGGACUGAAGAGUGAAGCAGCAAGACACGAGUGAAACACUUUUACAUGACGGAGGAAAGUGACGCUAGCAAGAAUAGCGACAAUGAACUAGGAGUAAUAUGGAUGAUGAUGAUGAUGAUGAUGACAGUGACGUUAGCAAAUACGUUCAUGACCCUAACAAGAAUAAUGAUAAUGAAUAAGAGGUGUUGUUAUGAUGAUGGUUGACGUACAGUAAUGGUAAUGAUAAUAGUUACGGUAGUAAUAUGAUAAUGAUAUUUAUUUUCUUAGUUGUUUUAUCUAUCUUUUUAUUUGUUUCUUGGUGGUCUUCUUUACGUACUAUUUUUUCUUUGUUUAUUUAGUUAUUUAUUUUAAUACUAAAGCCAGUAAUAAUAAUAGUGACACUUCUAUACAUUAUUCGUUCGUUACAUGGGGAAAAAUGGACAAAGCUGUGAUUGUAAAAGUAAUACAUAAUUAUUUUCUUUCAGGAUUACGAAGUAUUUUCUUCGGUUUUUAGAUACCUAUAUGCAGGAAAUGUUUAUAUAACAAUCGUGAAUAAAAAAAUGAACGAUUAAUAAUGCUAAACAAUAAUAAUAAUAAUAAUAAUAAUUAAUAAUAAUAAUAAUAUCCUGACAAUAAUAUUACUGAAAUACAAGAAGCAGUAGUAAUGAAAGUUUAAAACUCGUCUUAGUGAAGGAGGAAAGAGGAUUACUGAAAUAACUUGUUACUUUUUUGGCAUUAGUAAGUAAUUGAGUAAAUAAACAAAUAAACGAACAUCAACUAAAUAACUUGUUAACGAAAAUUAAAAGAAAAAAUUGUUCUCAUAUGAUGAUACACACACACACACACACACACACACACACACACACACACACACACACACACACACACAUACAUACAUACAUACAUACAUACAUACACACACACACACACACACACACACACACACACACACACACACACACACACACACACACACACACAGUAGCUAGUUUCAUCUAGUUCCUAAAACGUGGCAUUAUUAUACAAUCUCUAAUGAAAUUGUUAGUGUUAAUUAGGUGACUGUGUGUGUGUGUGUGUGUGUGUGUGUGUGUGUGUGUGUGUGUGUGUGUGUGUGUGUGUGUGUAAAUAAACCACGAGUGAGUCUAAUGAAGCACAAACUCAUGAAAAGAGUGAGAGGUUGAACAAGUGGUGUUGGGUUACAACAGUUCAAGGCUUCCCCCCACCACCCUCCCAUAAUCCUCUCCCACUCUUACUCCCCUUCCAUCUCCCCCUCUUCUCUCCUUUUGAAAUGAAUACAGAAUAUAGAGAAGCGUAAAAUGAUAUUUGCGUUUGUGUGUGUGUGUGUGUGUGUGUGUGUGUGUUUUCAUUUUUUUUUUCCAUUUUCGCAUCUUUCUAUUUUUUUUUUAUUGUUCUUGCUCUUUAGCUUGUUGUUGUUCUUGUUGUUGUUUUCUUCUUUGAGUUAGUGAAGAUACACACACCACCUUUCGAAACAUACAACAAGGAAGAGGAGAAUUAAUGUGACAAAUAUGUGUCUGUACCACAUUUUCUGAAGUACUGACGGAGAAUAAUACGUUUUUCAACCUGAACGAGACAAUAGAGUGUGUUGCGAAAUCAAAUACGAAGGAGAAAUACGAGACAAGAACAGGAGAAGGAGAAAGUAAGAAAAUAGGAGGAAUAAAUCAUAAAAAUAUAUAUAUAUAUAUAUAUAUAUAUAUAUAUAUAUAUAUAUAUAUAUAUAUAUAUAUAUAUAUAUAUAUAUAUAUAUAUGGCAUGAUUACGAAAGACUACCAUAUUUUGAGUGUCUGAAUAUAUUCCUUUACAUUACACAAUGCAUGUCCCCUUAUAAUAUUAUCUCACGUUUCUUUGUUUCUAUAGCGCCAUUGUGUACAUCCACUCAUUCUUGCGUAGUUCUAUAUAUGUAGGCUCAACUUUUAUUUGUGUACGAUAUUCCCUGUGUGUAGUACGAUGGCUGUCAGGAGGAAGUAUGAUGACGUUACUUAACUAGGCGUAUUACCUUUUAUUAGCUAUUUCAUCGUUACCUGGCUCACCUGUGCAGGCCGCCAGGUGUUCUAUGUGUACUUGUACAUACUGAGACGCCCCCGUGGAGGUUAAAUAUAAGUUCUUUUUCUCCUUUUUUUAAGCGUGAAUGGAAUUUUUACAUAGGCCUGAGUGAGUUGUACAGCUGCCCCUUUGUAUCUAUAAAGCCUCAUAGAAAAAUAGACAGAUAUAAAUAUAUUAUAGUAUAUAUAGAUAUAUAGAUAUAUAUAUUUUCCAUGCUGAAGUAUUGUAGUAAUGAUAAUAAUGGUGUCUGUGUCUGUUUUGCUGUAUAUUCAUUAUAGUUGCUAUUACUUUUUUUCUUUUAUGAUGUGUGUGUGUGUGUGUGUGUGUGUGUGAGAGAGAGAGAGAGAGAGAGAGAGAGAGAGAGAGAGAUGCGUACGCGUGACAUGCCAGUUUGUGUGUGUGUGAAAGAGAGAGAGAGAUGCGUACGCGUGACACGCCUGUGUGUGUGUGUGUGGAGGCAAGACGCGCAUGUUUCGCCCGUCACCUCUGAAGUGUGACCGACUGCCGCACCUCAUUCGUGCACCUGUCACCUGAACGUAUUACAUAUUGCAUUUUGUUUUGCCAGAUUUUGUAGCUCUGCUUUUUUCCACCAUGACACAGACGGAGAGAACUUUGAGUCAUGGUUUUUUUUAUUAUUUGUUAUUCAUGUAUUACUUUAUUAAGAAAUGUGUUUUUUUUUCUAUUGUAUGUUCAUUUUUCUGUUAUCACUUUUCGUAUUAAUUUUCAUUCAUUUCUCUCCUAGGAUUUAUUUUCUGAUGUACAUAUCUUGAGUAAGCUUGUAAUGCUUUUUUUUUAUUCUAUUUAUACAAGUAUUCCCUUUAUUUAUUCAUUAAUUGUAUAUUAUCUUUUUGAUAAGCAAUGGACACAAAACAAUACAACGCUGCUGAAGGAAUCUUGCAACCACACUGUAUUUACAAAGAUAUUUUAUAUGUAUAAGUUUCAAA